AUGCAAGCAGCUGUCAAGUAUCAGUUGGAAAGCCUUAGUUAUGAUGGGAUAUCCGAAGGUGAUGUUAUUUUGUGCAAUCAUCCGAAAGCUGGUGGUUCGCAUCUACCUGAUUUAACAGUGUUAACACCGGUCUAUCAUAAACAUUCGAAAACACCAGUUUUCUUUGUUGCAAAUCGUGGACAUCACGCGGAUAUUGGCGGUCUUGUGCCGGGAUCUAUGCCACCACAUUCAACAUCACUCGAACAGGCACUGUAUUUAUAG